CAUGCUUCCACAGCAGUUCCUGGUGAUUACAGGCUGGUGAACGGAGGCCACAACUGUUCUGGGUUAGUGGAGGUUUAUGAUGAGGGAAGAUGGAGAAAUAAAUACUCAGAACCCCGGGACCAGACGGAGGCCGCUGCAGUGUGCAGGAAGCUCAACUGUGGCUCUGUUGUGUCUUUACAAAGAUAUUUUAAUCAUGGUGGUUCAAAUGAGGUUUACGGUCUACACAUCACGUGUUCAGAAUCAUUGAGGCUGGUGAACGGGACCAGCCGGUGUUCAGGCAGACUGGAGGUGAGGUCCAAGCAGUCGUGGUCCUCAGUGUGUAAAGAUGGUUUCCAGUGGCAGGAAGCAGAGGAGGUCUGCAGGGAGCUUAGGUGUGGGCCCCCUUCAGCCUUAUUUGGGGAACUGCACAGAGAGGCUCCACUGGGGUCCAAAAAGCUCCAGUGUCCAGGAAAUGAGUCUGACCAUGAAGCUGCUGUUAUCAUCUGCUCAGACUCAGUGAGGCUGGUGAACGGGACCAACCUGUGUUCAGGUAGACUGGAGGUGAAGUCUGACUGGUCGUGGUCCUCAGUGAGUGAAGAUGGUUUUGACCAGCAGGAUGCGGAGGUGGUCUGCAGGGAGCUUGGCUGUGGACCUCCCUCAGUCCUCCAGGGGGCGCUCUUCACAGAAGGUCCAGUGUGGAGAAAAGGCUUUGAGUGUGAAGGCACAGAGUCUGCUCUGCUGGCCUGUAACAUCUCAGCUCCAGAUAGAACCCUCUCUUCAGCUGACAGAUCUGUUCAACUCACCUGCUCAGAUCCAAACUCUCUCAGGCUGGUGGGAGAGUCCAGCCUCUGUGCUGGUAAGCUGGAGAUGACAAACAAGGGAGAGUGGAGGCCUGUGGUGGACUGGAAGUUCAUAUGGAACCAGGUUUCUGCAGCUGCAGUGUGCAGACGGCUGGGCUGUGGGACUGCAGUGUCUGCAAAUAUGACUGAUGAAUUUGAGGACAGACCUGUGUGGUGGAUCAAGUCCUCCUGCAUCCAGUCAGCAUCUGCGCUGCGGGAUUGUGUCACACUGGCUGGUUUGGAUGAAUCCUACUGGAGCAUGGAGGUGGUCUGCUCAGGAGUAGUGGACCCCACCUGA